UAGUUUUAUUGAGCAGCGACUGCAUCAUUUAAGCUGUGAGCCACUGUAUGUGUCAGACGAGGUUUGUCUUUGAAUAUUGGAAUUUUUUUGAGGACCGCUACUGGUUUUUAGAGCAAAUAAAGAAUGUUCGCAUAAAACUGGCGUUGGAAAAUCCAAGACAUAUCCUCCUGGGCACUUAUAAUAUAAGUCGUCAAUAAACACUUAUUAAUAUUCUUUAAACCAGUGAAUAUUUUUUCAGUUCUUAAAAGUAGUUUUCAAUAUGUUUGUGCUUUUCAUUUUUCUAGCUGGUAUUACUUGCGCCAAGGGCAUCAACGAAGUGUGCUUCCUCAAAGGCCUACGAGGCGUUUGUCAACCGCUAAAUGUCUGCUAUGAGGCAUUAGAUUUUCUUUCAGAAGAUGACGUAAACUUUUGUGAAUUUGAUGGGUCAGAAGAUCACAUCUGUUGUCCUGAUGAAUUUAGAAAACCAAAACGAAAACCUGCGACACCUUCUAAGCCUCAGGAUCUGGACCGACGACACAAACGACCACAGAAUCAAGAACCGCCUCUUUUUAGAGUACCAGAACAAGACCCAGAAGAACCUAGUUAUUCUACGGAAAAAGGAUUUUGGAUUUCUAUUUUACCAAGCAAUCAUAUACCAAUAAGUGUAAAAAAAUGUAUGGUAUACUAUCGAAAAAGGGAUAUUGGGACAUUUGAAACAGGUGGAAGUAAGUCCCUUCCAAAGCAAUACCCACAUAUGGCCCUUAUAGGUUAUGGACCUGAAGAUAGUAAGGAAUGGUUAUGUGCUGGUGCACUGAUCAGCGAUAAUUUUGUCUUAACUGCAGCCCAUUGUCUUGAAUCCCGUGAAUAUGGAGAAGCCAAAUGGGUACAUUUAGGCGACUUUGGUAUUUCUUCAGAUAAAGACGAGGCUGAUCCACAAGAUUUUAAAAUACUGAAGAGUAUACCUCAUCCCAACUAUACGCAGUCAAUAAAAUAUAAUGAUAUUGCACUUAUACAACUAGAGAAUUACGUUCUUCGUUCUCCAUUUGUCUAUCCAGCUUGUUUACAAUCUAAAAGAUUUAGUCAUGAACGAAAUAUGAUAGCUUCUGGUUGGGGCAAAAUAGAAUAUUCUGGAGAAAGUAGUAACUUUUUCCUACAAGAUAAUUUAAAAGAAAUCAGAACAAAAGAAUGCAACAAUUCUUACAACGAUGCCAAGGGUUCCUAUCUUCCAAAGGGUAUUAACGGUAAUAUGAUGAUAUGUGUUAAAGGAGAAGUAGGAGAAGAUACAUGUCAAGGGAAUUCAGGUGGUCCACUUCAAGUAAAAAAUAGGUAUAAAGAUGUUUUGGAUACAGGUUUCACGAUAAUUGGAAUCACAUCAUUUGAUAAAUCAUGUGGUGAUAAUAAGAGUCCAGCAGUAUACACAAGAGUUUCAUAUUACCUAGACUGGAUUGAAAGCAUUGUGUGGCCUAAUGAAUACCAAAAUGCGCACCCAACAUCCAGACCAAAGUAGAAGAGUUAGAAAACAUUUUGUGCUGCUUAAAAUAUUUAUGUGCUCUGCUGUAGUGAUAAGUUAAAAGUUAGUGAUAAGUAAAAAUUUAUUCAUUUAAA